AAUGAUCGAAUUCAAUCGAUCCAUCGACAACGACGACGACGACGACAGUGGCAACAAAAAUUUAAUUCAAAAUGUAAUAUCAAGCCAUUUAAUAGUGGGCUACUAUUUAGUCAUUCAAUAUUUGUGAUGAUCAUAAUACUGAUGAUGAUGAUGAUGAUCUCAAUGGUGAUAAUUAAUGCAGCUCCUCCUGCCAACAACAACAACAACAAUGAUGAUAAUAAUAAUUUAAAUUCAAAAUUAUCAAUACAAUUUAAUCAUAAUUUCGAUGAUGAUGAUGAUCUUCAAACGAUGAUGAUGGUGAAAAAUAUGACCACAAAUUAUCAUAGCCAUCGUCGAAAACGUUUUAUCUCAUCCGAUGUCGGUGCAAUGAGCUACUUACAACGAUUUGGUUAUAUGAAUGAAAGUGAAGAUUCAGCAUCAUCACAUCUUAUUUCGGAAAAUAUUUAUUCACAUGCUGUGAUGGAAUUUCAACGUUUUGCCGGCAUAAAUGAAUCGGGCAUCCUUGAUGAGGAAACAAUUCAAAUGAUGAAUGCUCCAAGAUGCGGCAAUAAAGAUCUUGUUGGCCAUGGUGAAGAAGCUAGACGUCGUCGUAAACGUUAUGCAUUACAAGGUUCAAAAUGGCGACGAACCGAUCUAACAUAUCGUAUAUCACAAUAUCCAUCAAAAAUGAAUCUGAAAAGAAGUGAUAUUGAUCGUGAAAUUGCUCGUGCAUUUCAUGUUUGGGCUGAAGUUACACCAUUAAAUUUUCAAGUAAAAAAAGAAGGUCGUGUUCAUAUUGAUAUUAGAUUUGUUUCCGGUGAACAUGGGGAUGGUGAUCCAUUUGAUGGCCCCGGUAAUACACUUGCACAUGCAUAUUUUCCACAAUAUGGUGGUGAUGCACAUUUUGAUAAUGAAGAACAUUGGACUGUUUCAUCAUAUUCUGGUUUGUUGGAUUGUUUUUCUUAUGGAAAAAAUAUUAACAGUUUUAUUUUUGUUUUGAAUUUUAUAUCAAUAGGUACAAACAUAUUUCAAGUUGCCGCACAUGAAUUGGGCCAUUCAUUAGGUCUUGGACAUAGUAGUGUUCGUGAUUCAUUAAUGGCACCAUUUUAUCAGAAAUAUAAACCGAAAUUUAAAUUACAUCAAGAUGAUGUUCUAGCCAUACAAGCAUUAUAUGGUUAUAAAGAUGAUAAUGAAGAUGAAUCAUCAACAGAAACAUCUUCGCGUCGACCAUCAGAACCAGAUCCAUCCGGUGAUGGACCAGAUCUUUGUCAAGAUAGUGGUAUUGAUGCUGUUACGCGUAUAGCUGAUGGUUCAACAUACGUAUUUAAAGGAGAAUAUUAUUGGCGUAUUGAAUCAUCGGGUAUUGCCGAUGGUUAUCCACGUCGUAUAUCAGCUGAUUGGGAUGGUUUAGCCGGUAAUCUUAAUGCAGCAUUAACAUGGGCCGAUGGAAAAACAUUCUUUUUCAAGGGAAAUAAAUAUUGGCGAUUCAAAAACAUGAGAAUGGAUAAAGGAUAUCCGAAAUUGAUUAACACUGGAUUCGCUGGUAUACCAGACAAUGUUGAUGCUGCAUUCGUAUGGGGAGGAAAUGGAAAGACAUAUUUUUUCAAAGGAAAUGAAUAUUGGCGAUUUGAUUCGAAAAAUGAACCACCCGUAUCGAAACAAUAUCCAAAAUCGAUCAAAAAUUGGAAUGGUAUACCAACACGUGUGGAUGCUGCAUUCCGUUGGGAGAAUGGUAUGACAUAUUUUUUCAAAGGACCAUUGUAUUAUCGAUUCAAUGAUAUUGAUUUUGAGAUCGAUACACGUGCAAAACCACCAUUCCCAAGACAAACAUCACAAUGGUGGUUUGAUUGUCAAUCAUUAAGUCGAAAAUUGAAACGUCGUCCAACAAAAAAACGUAGUAGUAAUCUAAGUUCAUUUACGGAAAAUCUUCGUUCAUUUUUCGGUAUUGGUAAUACAAAACCGAUUGCAAGUGCACUAACCAAUUCAGAAUUAUCGAUGAAUGAAAGUGAAUGGCGUAUGCAUGGUAUACCUGAAACGGAUGAAAUUUUCAAUGAUCAUAUAAAAUCUGAUUCAUCAAAUUCAGUAAAUAUGACAAUGGAAAAUUAUCUUGAUCCAUGAAACUUUAACAACAACAACAACAACAAAAUCCAUCAAACUGUUGUCUAGCUGAAUGGCAUCGAUAAGUUUACCUGUAAAUAGGAAAAAAAAACAAAAAAUUUCAUUAACAAAACAUCUAUAAUCAUCAUCAUUACCACCAUUAUUACAGAAUAAUCAUUGGGUAUUUUAACAAACAAACAAACAAAAAAAAAUUUCAAUUUCUAUUCUUUUCAUAUUUUCAAAUCGAUAUAUUUAUUUCAAUU